CUUAGACUCGAUCAGACACGAUGGCAAAAUAUGAUCCAAGAACCAAAAUAUUGAGUAGUGAAAGACUGCCUCAAAUGUAUGAUCCAAAAAUAUCUGUCGGACAAGUAAUACUCAAUGUAAUGUUCAAGGCACCAAACAAAGUAAUUCAAGUGAGUGAUGACGACGGAAUAGAAGUAACUUGCUCGCAGAUGAGCGAUAUGAUGACCAACAUUGCUAAAAACUUAUUCAAAAUUGGACUAAGAAGUGGCGAUGUUGCUGGAAUAUUGGCAUCAAAUACAACUUAUUUAUCACCAGCGAUCUUUGCUUGCUUAUUACUUAGACUUCCAAUGAAUCCAAUCGAAAAGUCAUUUGACGUCAAUCAAAUUGUGAACAUUUUUCGAGGGACAAGACCUAAAGUUGUGUUUUGUGACCACGAUGUGAUAGAAAAAUUGAUGGCUGCACUCGGCAUUUUAGAAAUCGAGGCAAGAAUUGUCAUAUUGACAGACAGAAUUGAAGGAUUGUUUCAUAUAAGUGACUUUUUACAACAAAAUUAUGGAUAUGACGAGUUUAUUUACAAGGUCGAUUCAAGUGUUCAGACUUCAUUAAUAGUUUGCACAUCAGGUACUUCUGGACAUCCAAAAUUAGCACUAAUUUCACAUUUACAACAACUUAAUGUUUUCAUUAGAACACACAAUGUUGAUGGUGUCAGUUUCAAUGUUUGCAGUAUGUACUGGGCGAUGGGAAUCAAUUACUUAAUUUAUAAGACUUUGAAUGCACAAAAGCGAUUGAUAACAAAGAAGAGAUUUACACCGGACUUGUUUUUUGAUAUGGUAGAAAAAUAUAGAGUUACAGAAACCUUUUUAGUGCCUCCACAUCUCAUGUUAUUAGCAGAAUCACCGAAAUUUCAGACUGCAAACCUAAAUUCCCUUAAUUAUGUAUUUACUGGAGGACUUUGUGUAUCAGAGAACAUUCGAAGAAAGAUCAAUGAAAAGUUAUUGUAUGGAACAGUAUCUGUGAUUUAUGGCACAACAGAGUUUUGUGUCCUCAUAUCAGAAACUCUAACUGAUAGACCAAUAUCAUCAUCUGUUGGAAUUCCAACAAUUAAUACAGAAGUAAAAAUACAACUGGAUGAUGGAACGACUGGCGGUGUCAAAGAAAUUGGUGAAAUUUUAGCCAGAAACACGAUAAGACCUUUAGGGUAUUUCAAAAACAGUCCAAGGAUUAAAAUUGAUGAUGAUGGAUGGCUGCAUACAGGUGACAUGGGAUUUAUCGAUGAAAAUUACGAGAUUAAUAUAAUUGGACAGCGAACAUUCGUCAUCAGAAAUUACUACAAUGAAAUUUACCCAUGCGAAAUUGAAAACAAAAUUGAAGCACUAACAGGAAUCGCAAGAGUUUGUGUUGUUGGACUGCCAGAUCCAAUAGAGAUUGAAAUUCCAGCAGCACUUAUAGUCCGUGAAACCAACAGUAAUAUUGUUGAAAGUGUUAUAAUUGAAGUAACAAACGAUUUACCAUCCUACAAGCAACUUCGUGGUGGUAUUUUCUUCAUCGAUGCACUGCCUCUAACGCCAUCCGGAAAAGUUAAAAGAAAAGAGGCCAAAGAGAUAGCAACGAGGCUUAAAAUUGAGAGAGAAUCAAGAAUGCAUACUUAAUAUUCAAAUUUAUUUUUAAAAAAACGAGUCUAAUAACCUCUUUUUAUGAUGAAAAAUCAUCAUUUCCAAUCGAAAAGCUUAAAAUGCGAUGAAAAAAGGCUUUUAUUUC